UCUCUUCAUUCUUAAAGCCAGUUGUUCCUGCUUUCCCCACAACUUCUUCAAAUAGCAAUGGCAGCCAUGAAUGGUUGGCUCUCCUUCCCCUUGGAUGAUAGUUUCAACCAUGAUCUUGCCAUUCGAAGGUUUUGUCCUGAGAGAGUUGAGCAAGAACAAGGAGCGUGGGAGUUGGAGUGGGAGGAGAAACUGAUGAAUGAUGAGUUUGAAAUGUGUUCUCCUUCUGAUACUACUACUACACCAUGCUUGGCUGCUUCAGAGGUAGAUGACUUUGUCGAUAGCUUCAUUAACAUGGAUCAUUGCGACAAAGAUUGUAACAACUUGCUGGAUGAGCAUCAAAAUUUCGAUCACUUCCAUUAUGAGAUUGAAACAUUUCCAGGGGUGGAUGAUGUUUAUGGUGAUGUUUCAAUGAUGAUAGGAGAUGAAUUGGAAAUGAGCGACUCAAUUGAGGACUUAGGAGUUGUUCCUGAUGAAAUAAUGCUGGGUGUGGAGGAUAGCAAUGGAGUGGACCAAGGGCUGCACUUGGUGCACAUGUUGUUGUCUUGUGCCGAGGCUGUGGGCUGCAGGGACACCCAACUUGCAGAGUCAAUACUCAGCCAAGUUUGGGCUUCUGCCAAUCCUUUAGGCACUUCACUGCAACGAGUCUCCUACUGCGUUGCAACAGGAUUGAAGUCUAGGCUAUCAAAUCUUCACAAUGCCAAUGCAAAUGGAACAUUCACAAAUGGUGCUAUGGGUAAGUCCUUGAUCACAAGGGAGGAGAAAGCAGAAUCUUUUCAACUCCUUCAUCAAGCUACUCCUUAUCUUGCUUUUGGUUUCAUGGCUGCAAAUGAAGCUAUAUGUCAAGCAGCACAAGGGAAGGACUCCUUGCACAUCAUUGAUCUAGGGAUGGAGACUACCCUUCAAUGGCCUUCUUUGAUAAGGUCCCUUUCAUCAAGACCUGAGGGCCCUCCGAAGCUCAGAAUCACAGGAUUAAUCAGUGAUCAAAAUCAACUAGGGCUUGAGGCCAGCAUAAAAGCCCUUAUGGAGGAUGCUAGCUCAGUAGGCAUUAUACUAGAAAUCACCAUGAAAACAGAUCCAGUGACACCCUCACUUUUAACCAGAGAGAACCUUAACUUGAGAGAAGGGGAAGCACUUUUUGUGAAUUGCAUCAUGCACUUGCACGAGUAUGUCAAAGAGAGCAGAGGGUCCCUAAAAGCCAUACUUCAAGCAAUCAAGAAGUUAGCCCCGACUGCAGUUACAGUUGUGGAGCAAGAUGCAAACCACAACGGUCCCUUCUUUCUUGGGAGAUUCCUUGAAUCUCUGCAUUAUUAUUCUGCCAUUUUCGAUUCCCUCGAGGCCACCCUCCCACGCCAUAGUGCACAGAGGAUGAAGAUAGAGAUGCUUCACUUUGCAGAGGAAAUCCGCAACAUUGUUGCAUUCGAAGGCUCAGAUAGGAUCGCGAGGCACGAGAGAGUAGAUCAAUGGCGACGACAAUUAGGCCGAGCGGGGUUUAAAGUCAUGGGAUUGACGUGCAUGAGUCAAGCUAGAAUGAUGUUAUCAGUGUAUGGUUGUGAUGGCUACACCCUUGCUACUGACAAGGGUUGCCUUCUCCUUGGAUGGAAAGGGAAGCCCAUAAUGCUGGCAUCUGCAUGGCAAGUGCACAAUGUUUUGUCCUCCUAGCUAGCAUUGUCCUGGCUAGGCCAGUGGCAAGAUCAAUUAGGAAACAAUAAGGUGGAGUAUCUUGCUAUCAAUCUAGUUCUCAAUGUUCCCAUCGAUAUUAGAAAUUCUUGUUGUCUUAGGAUGUUGAAAGAAAGAAAAAUGCUAUUCAUCAUAGAAUAAUUACUAAAGGAUGACGAAUAGCACUUUUCUAAGAGAAAAUGUUGU